CUUGGUUCAGUAUCCUAGGCCACGUGCGAUGAAGCAGCCGCUGACAUUGGGACCUACCGGGCAGUGGCAUCACGGACCUGUCAGCAAACCACGGAUCUCGCCCGUAGGGGGACACACCCCCAGCCCCAGCCCGCCCAGGUAAGUCUCUGAUUUCUAGCUCCUUGCCCUCGAAAGCUGAGAACUGAAGAAGCAGGUUCCGGGAGCCAUUGCAGCUCGGGGCGCAGACUCCCCCAUUGAGGCUGCGGUAACCCGGCAACUGGGAGUUGGGAGCGUAGAUGUGGGGUCCUUGCCGAGCCGUGGCAAGUCCGCAGCCGUUGGAUACAGGUGCCCUUUUUCAUAAUCAGCGAAGCCUGCGACCCGCCUGCUUGUCUGGCAGGGAUUCGGCACAGGCAGCCUGGAGUUCGAGAGCUCAAAACUUGGCCAUGCUUUCUCACUGUCAAACACCUCUCGCCUCUUUGCUCUAAAGGGUGAGUCCGAAGUGGCCAAGAUGGCAAGGCAAUGGCUGCAGCGCCAUUAUCAAUGGCUUCUCUGCCCACUCUCAUCUAUUCGUGGGGCCCUCGGCCUCAGAUUGCGCUAUGCCCUAUGACUGGCGCCCAGGUGCCCGGCCAAGCCAAGUUGUGGACUCGCCCCCCUCCUGGCUCAGCUCCGCUCCCCUUCGGUCUCAUCCGCGCGGCCCUGGGGUCUCGGGGAGCUUUGCCGGGAUUGCACUGCUCAAAUUUCAGGCGAGUGCGCGCCAAGGGGAGCAGAGACCGGAUUCCCUCAACGCCGUGCCCCCAAUCCCUGACUCAAGGGAGGAGGGAGCUGCGCUAUGCUGGGAUCUCAACUCGCCUUCCCUCGGAUUCUACCCUACAGUAAAAUGUGCCACAGGGUCCGCUGCACACCCACAUCCACCCGCUCCCUGCAGCCAUAGCCACAUCCUCAGCCUCGAGUUCUUUGUCCAGUUUGAGUUUUAUUCCAAUACCCAAAGACUCAUGGAGAAAACUUGGGAGACAGGUGGAAAGAAGAUUCAGCGCCCGUUUCUUCAAAAGGCGCUCCCGCAAAGCUUAGCUCUGGGCGCAUUAGAGGCUGCGAUGCAGAACGCGCCGGGGGAAGUGAGUGUCGCUGGAGUCCAGACACACAGGGGCAUUUUUGGUGGAGGCCACAGAAGAUCGUUUAUAAGGGGCUGGAAGGGGAAUGAAAGGAAUGAGAAGAGUGAUUCAACAAGCCUUUAAAAGAAACCAGGGGUCUGUGGAAACAGCAGUCAGUGAAACCCCGACAGCGCGCAAGCCAAGUGGCGACGCCUGGCUGCCGGGCGUCAGUGGACGUUUCCGUCCUAAGGGCGGACGCCUGAGGGCAAAGGAGUGGGAAACAAGCUCUUUCCGCCUCCGAUGCUUCAGACCCUGGUUGGACCCAGGCACUGGGAGUGCGCCCCCUAAUCGCCAGCCGGGCGCUGGCAAAGUGGAAAUCGGAAAGAAAAAAACCCGAGUGGUUUCACAGCACCUGUAGGACAGGAGCUGCGGACUCAGAUGCCCUCCCCUCCAAACUCUUCACCUCCCUGGGGCUCUCUACAAACACCCCGCGACCGCGAUGGGCAGUCGUCAAAGGUCGUCGCAGCCACACAGCGCACACCUGAACGACUGCCCGCGCGCACCGGCCCUUAGCGCCGCAGAGAGGAGUGAGGUCUGCAGAGUGGACGGGUGUGUAGGGAGAGGCAAGGAGAGCUGUUGGGUUAGGGCCUGGGGCCUGGGACGCACGCCUGCUCACCUCUCUCAC